AUGAGGACUUCAACGGCUGCUAUUCCUUAUUUUUGGGACAUCGAAAAGGUUGAAGAGACUGCAAAAAUUUUGUGGAAAAUGACUCACUUCGACCCACGGUGCCAGGCCUCUGUUUCUAUAAAAGUUUAUUUAAUUGGGGAGUUCCUAAGAGGCGAGUGUGAUUGUCAAAAAGCGAUUGAAUUUGCACGAGAAAGAGGUAGAAAGUACAUAGAAGGUAACAAGGAGUUUUAUUCCGAUUUUGAGAAAUUCACAAAUCCGAAGAGUUUGGAACAACUUGAUUUAAAUAAUUCGAUUGGGUACACGUAUAAGCCAGAAAUAAUCGAGAGUGUAUUGAUGGCUGUGACCUUUGAAGCGGGAGAUGCAGACACCAAUAAAGCAGUUGUUGGAGCAGUGUUGGGUGCUUACAUUGGCAAUUUGGAUAUGUUCCCCAAAGACUGGAUUGCACUUGAUAACAAAAUUGGCUUAUUGAGAGGAUCAACAGAAUGUUGGAAUUGA